CUGGCUACCUGAAUAAACUUCCAUGUCCUUUGAUAUUACUAUCCACUUUUAACCUUCCUCUUGAAUUGUUUUGUUUCUAAAACAUUGAAAAUUACAAUUAGCAAGUAAAAUUCAAGUAUAUGGAUGGCAUUUUCAGCAGUGUCAUCGAAACUUGGACUGUUGGGUCAAACCACAAAACUCUGCACUACAAUGUCCAAGUGUAAAUAUUCAGACUACGCGCAGUUUUCAAAGAUUCUCGCCGAAUCAAAAAACAUAAUCGCACUUACGGGAGCUGGUGUAUCCGCUGAAUCCGGUAUUCCUGUCUUCCGUGGUCCUGGUGGUUUCUGGCGCACGCACAGAGCAACAGAUCUAGCAACCCCACAAGCAUUCAGAGCAAAUCCUGCACUUGUCUGGGAGUUUUACCAUUAUCGCCGAACAGUUGCGUUUAAUUGCCAACCAAAUCCAGCGCAUAUAGCUUUAGCAGAGUUAGAAAAGAACUGCUCAGCUAAUGGAAAAACUUUACAUGUAAUUACACAAAAUGUGGAUGGUCUGCACAUUGUUGCAGGAUCACAAAAUGUUUUAGAACUGCAUGGAUCUCUAAGAAAAGUGAUUUGCACAAAGUGCAAACACAUUGAUGUAAAUAUAGAUCAACCAAUUUGCAAAGCAUUAGAAGGAAGAGGAGAUCCUAAUUUAAAGGAUGCUAACUUACCAAUUAUACCAAAUGAAGAGUUACCAAAAUGUAAGAAGUGUAACUCAUUGGUUAGACCAUACAUUGUGUGGUUUGGAGAGAAUCUAGAUGCUAAAGUUUUACAUAAAGCAAAGGAAUUAGUUGAGAAUUGUGAUUUAUGCAUGGUGAUUGGCACAUCGUCAGUGGUAUAUCCUGCGGCAAUGUUUGCUCCACUAGUUGCAGAAAGAGGCAAACCAGUUGCAGAAUUCAAUCUGAAUCAGGAACCAGCUUCAAAUGACUUCAGUUUUCAUUUUUGUGGACCAUGUGGCGAGACUCUCCCCAAGGCACUACAGGUAAACUAAUCCUAUUGAUAUUUUCACAUGUUUAUUGAAAAAGUAAACUGUAGGACUUAUUAAUAUAUCACAUAAUGUGCUGUGAAAA